AUGUCGCCCGGUGCGAGCGUGCGGCUGCGCGCGGGGUUUCGGGCAGGAAGCAAAGUAGGAGAGGGGAUGGCGUCUCGGGGAAAGAGGGGGAACGGCUGCGUGGAGGCGAAGGCGAGGGAGGGGGACGGGGGAGAGCAGGCGGAGAGCAGCGGGAAGGUGAAGGAAGGAGAGCAGAGAGAGACGCAGGAGGAGCGUGAUCCCCGGACCCUCCGGAGCCUCUCCUCCCUCGCCGCAUACAAUGGGCCUCUUAUUCGAGCUGAAGCCUUGAUUUAUGCCCCGGCGCAGGCAGAAAUUAAAUCAAACCUCGUCGGUAGCGAGGAGGUUUGCCGGCAGCUGGUGGAGCUGGGCUUCCGUGGCUCCGGGGAUGUGCUGCGGCGGGAGGAGUUCGAGGCGCAGGCGGCGGGGGCAGCGGGACUGGCGAGCGAGGAGGUUUGCCGGCAGCUGGUGGAGCUGGGCUUCCGUGGCUCCGGGGAUGUGCUGCGGCGGGAGGAGUUCGAGGCGCAGGCGGCGGAGGCAGCGGGACUGGCGGCAGCGGCCCCUCAGAAGUCGCUAGCGAGUGUAGGAAGAGAACUGAAAGAUAACUUCUUGCGGGCCCUGGCAGAAAGAGAGGAAGGCAAUCGUACUGGAAAAAUUUCUUCCAUCAUCUUCAUUCGUGACCGAAAUUCCCAUCGCCAGGAGGUGUCUGCGUACAUCGACUACGCACACAGGCUGACGACAGAUGAUUUUGAAGUCUACUUCAGUGGGAAGAAAAGGCUUUUCCCUCGGAACACUGAUCUGAGCUUUUACAACUGGGAUAGAAAUGUCAGCACUUCGCAUUCCAGCCCAAAUUACCAAGUGAUUGCAGAAAAUGCCUGCGGACUACUCUUCAAGAACAAAAGUGAUAGGAAAAUAAUAAAUGUGGAUCCCCAGGCCGACCCCGGAGACAACACAACACGGACGCCUGUUCAAACAGAUCUCUAUCUCCACGUUGUUAUCUACGACCACAUCGUCAGAAGAGGGACCUGA